AAUAUUGAAAAUCUGUGAUGAAGCAAGAGAGAAAAUAUGUUUGACGAGGGCGCGUAGCAUAGUCAAUAAAUUGGUGAAAAUAGAACUAAUGUGUUGUUUGCAGCAUAUCUUCGUACUUAUAGUGGAGCAAAUCAUGUGACAUAAACAUAAGCAUAUCAUUUCCGGGUCACAAAUUUAUUAUUAUUAUUAUUGUUUCAGUUCUGUUAAAAUUCUAUAUCUCAAUAGAUUUAGAUCAUUUGUAGUCUACAGUCUACCACUUGUUUGCUAAUUCCUAAUAUCAAUACUAGGUUUAGAUCUAGACACUCUAGUCUAGAUCAGUAACAUAGUGAGUAUCGAUUCAGGAAGAAUGUUCAGCCGUGAUGAUGGUCGACCGAUUGUUCAAGCUCCCAUGGAAUCACCUCUUAAUUGUGCACAUACAUAUAGCAGACGUGCUGACAUGCUUUCCAAAAACAAAAAUUAUGAAGAGGCAAUUGUCUGUCAUAGAAAGGCCGCUGACUGCUUGCUGCAAGCUAUGAGUUCUGACACUUCAUCAACUCUUUUAGAAUCUCUGGCACUCCAGCAUAAAGCUUACUUGUCCCAGAUUGACAGGCUGCAUGCUAAAAGUGAGCUGCUUGAAUUAAUGAACCGUAACAGCAAAACCACUCCUUCUGUAAGCAGGUCAACUCAGACAGACGGACUUCGUAUUCUUGAUACACCCGAGUCCGUUGCUUGUGACGAGGAAACUAUUUGUGAGAUUUUGCGAGAAAAUGAUGACAUUAUGAGAAGGGUGUCUUUAAGGACUGUAGAAAACGGCAAUCUUUUUAAUAAUAGUCAUAAGUCUAGUUGCAUAUCUAAUGACUUUUUUAAUGAUAACAAAAUAGAUGGGGAUUUAUGUCUCAGCAAUAUGGAGUCCCCAUCUCUUCAGGAAAUUGUUAAGCUUAACAAUAGGCUUAGCAGUGCUGUAAGGAGUUUGUUAAAAGAGCUUGGAUCAACAAAAGCUGAAAAAAAGCAAAUGGAAGAGAAGCUGGGGGAGAGUCAGGAGCUUCUUGGCCAAGGGUCUGGUGUUCUGACAUUUUCAAGUCUUACACUGCCUCCACUAGAAGUCUCUUAUCCAGAACUGGCUAAUUCCAGCUUACAAACAUAAACUCAACAUUGUAGUCAUUUAAAUAGUAUUUUAAGUUAUGGUGUUUUAGUAUUGUUUAUUCCUAAACCAAGCACAUGAACAAUUAUUUUAUUUCAGGUGUUAGGCAUAGUUCAGAAUUCUUUUAAUUUUAUAGUCUAAAAUAAAAAAAUUAAUUGCACUUUGUAUUUGCAUACUGGUACUUUGGAAUUUUAAUGCCAUUGUUAUUAUCAUAAACACAUGCUAAAAUACAUCAGAGCAACUGGCAAU